GAGCGUCCGCGAGCCUCCGAGGCUGGAGGAACGGAAGUGGCCGUUCGCAGCUCCUACGAAGUUGGACAGAGGAAAACAGUUCUAGAGAUGGAUGGUGGAGGAUGGAUGUACAUUAAUGCCACUGAGAUGCACACUUAAAGGACUUAGGCCCCGCGACCUCUACCUGAGCUUUCUCAGCCAGCAGACGUCCAGCCGGCAGAAAUGCAAAUGGCCAGUACUCGUAUGGAAAAAUGUUCAAAUUGACGGCCUAGUAACAAGGAAACAUACCCGAAGCCAACCCUGAAAUACUACUUUCACAGAACCGAUGGCAGAGGGUCGGCUCCAGGCCUGGAUGAGGGCUGCUCCCUGCCAUACAUCGUCAACCUUGCAGAGUCUGUCAAGCACCCACUCUGCUCCAGCAAGGGGAAGCCUCCGAAAAACGUUCAAGACACGGGCCCUACCUUCCAGGGGCUCCCCCAGGGGGCCGAGCAUGGUGGUUUUCCCUUGGAACCUCCUGGCUUGGGACGUCUGAGAAGAUGCCUGCCAUGAGGCUGUUCACUUGCUUCCUGCAGCUCCUGGCUGGGCUGGCACUGCCCGCUGUGCCCCCCCAGCAGUGGGCCUUGUCUGCUGGGAAUGGCUCAUCAGAGGUGGAAGUGGUGCCCUUCCAGGAAGUGUGGGGCCGCAGCUACUGCCGGGCACUAGAGAGGCUGGUGGACAUCGUGUCGGAGUACCCCAGUGAGGUGCAGCACAUGUUCAGCCCCUCCUGCAUCUCCCUGCUGCGCUGCACCGGCUGCUGUGGUGAUGAGAACCUGCACUGCGUGCCCGUAGAGACGGUCAAUGUCACCAUGCAGCUCCUGAAGAUCCACUCUGAGGACCGGCCCUCCUACGUGGAGCUGACAUUCUCUCAGCACGUCCGUUGCGAGUGCAGGCCUCUGCGGGAGAAGAUGAAGCCAGAAAGGAGGAGACCCAAGGGCAGGGGGAAGAGGAAGAGAGAGAAGCAGAGACCCAGAGACUGCCACCUGUGCGGCAAUACUGUUCCCCGGAGGUAACCAGCCCCUCAGAAGAGAGACAACCCCCACCCGGCUCCUGUAUUUAUUACCGUCACACUCUCAGUUACCUCCCUGCUGACACCUGCCCUCUAUUUAUUAGCCAAUUGUAUCCCUGCUGAAUGAUUUGCUUCCUCCAGGAUGAGGGGCAGGGAGGGACAGGACCCUCAGGAAUUCAGUGCCUUAAACAGAACGUGAGAGAAAGAAAGAAGGCAGCCACGGACCCAUGUGUGUUUCAGCUGUGGGAGAAGCGCGCAGACGCGGCUUUGUGAGGGGCACGCCAGGGCCCGGCGGGCUUCCCCGGAGCAGGAGACAGAAUGGGACCUGCCUCCUGUUCCGACCCUGGACCGCGUGGACCAACAGCGCUGGCUUUGGGAGCCCCUCGCCCCGGCAGGAGCGGAGGAGCCUGUUCUGUCGCCCGGGCCCAGGCUGGAGGGGAAGGCACGCCGGGGAUGGAGGGGUCCUUCUGCGUCCUCCUCCUCCUCCUCUGGGCAGCAGCUCCGCACCCUGGAGAUCCGCCGACCCCAGAGAACGAUGCUUGCCUGGGGGCCUUUGCCACUCCUCGCGCCCUAGUCUGUCCUGACGUCUUGCACUGCUUCGUGCUGGGACAUUGUUCUUUACGGUCAAGGCAUCACCACCUGCCCCUCUCAGGGACACAAGCAAAGAGGCGGCCCUAGGCCGGACGUGGAGCAAGCCGCCCCUCGGUGGCUGUCCGGCUGCCAAGCCAGAUUCUCUUGAAUAAAGUAUUCUAGU